UGCACAGCUUUCUCGAAACCAUCUUCACAGCUCGGAAAUCCGAAGCUGCGUCUAUUAGCUCCCGCAUUGGCAGAAUACGUUUAAGCCAUGUAGAGACCGUUUGUUGGUAACAUAGAAGGGUCAGGCUUAUAUUGGUAGCUAGUAUUUGGUCUGAGAUAUUUUCUAUCCAAGAUGUUGUCCCACGAUUCGAAGAUCAUCAUUGUGGGUGGUGGUGUCUUUGGACUGAGCACGGGACUGUGGCUCGCUCGAGACGGCUAUGACAACAUCACAAUCUUUGAUCGAUGCCCACUAGACAAUGGCCACUACAGCCCAUUUGCAGGCUGCGACGGGGCUUCUGCCGACAUCAACAAGACCUUUCGGACUGGCUAUGGAAAAGAACUCCACUAUCAAAGACUUGCGAUAGAGGCCAGGGAGACGUGGCUAGCGUGGAACAAGGAGAUCAAAGAGAGCACUCAAGCAGAACUGCCUCAUGGUUUGACUCCUAAUGACAAAGUUCUCGAUCUUUGUGGAAACAUAUUCCUUGCCGAAGGGCCAACAUUGAGAGACUUCUAUGUGGAUAGCCUGAAGUCAAUGGAGACGUCGGCGCCUGAAUUUCGGAAGCUACAAUUCAUCAAGGGUAAUCCUGACGAUGAAGAACGCCUUCGCAAGAUCAAUCCCAAGUGGGUGGAGAAGCUUCACGCUCUGGACGGAAUCAACAACAAUGACACCAAUGGUUUCAUUGACGUUCAAGGUGGUGUUACUCUCGCAGACAAGGCUUGCACUUACGCAAGAUUUCUAUGUCAGAAGGCUGGAGUCAAAUUCGUUCUCGACAGCCCACAAGGCAAGCUUCGAGAGCUCCUCGUUGAGGAGAAUGGCUCCCAGAGGAAAGUGACCGGCAUCAAGACGUGUGAUGGUCUGGACCACCUUGCGGACCGUGUCAUUGUUGCCUGUGGUGGAUGGACAGCCACAAUCAUACCUGAAGCGCAUCGAGCCAUCGAGGCAACCGCUGGCACAGUGAUGUUCGUUGACAUUCCAAAGGACAGGAAAGAUUUGUGGGAGAGGUUCGAUUCUAAGAACUUUCCGGUCUGGUCAUACAGGCGCGGGCAAGGCGACGAAUACUAUCAAGGCGGCGGCUGGCCCAUCACCAGAGAUGGACGCCUGAAGUUUGGCUUCCGUGGGCGGAAGUUCACGAAUUUCGAAGACCAUCCUACUGCUUCCAACCUCCGUGUAUCAACACCACGCACCAAAUACACCUCGGAGCCGAUUACCACCGUGCCUCUCUAUGGCCUCAAAUUGGUAAAGGAGGUCAUUGGCAAAGCAUUUCCAGAAUUGGCAGAGUUUGGCUUUACAGACACGAGACUAUGCUGGUAUACAGACUCGAUCGAUAACGACUUUCUCAUUGACUACGUCCCGGGAUACUCAGACUCGCUUUUCAUUUGCACUGGUGGCUCUGGUCAUGCUUUCAAAUUUUUGCCCUUACUUGGCAGACAUGUCAAGAAUCAACUCGAGCGUGUUCCGGAUGAAUUUACGCAGUUAUGGAAAUGGCGAACGGUUGAGGAAGGCAAAGUGUGCAACGGACUCGAGCAAGGAGAGUUUGGACCGAGAGCCAUGUCCAGACUACAUAUGGCCGAGCCUCGCGACUUCAAGUUCACACGGGAGAGCACCACUACCACUCCUCUCCAAGCCCAGCUAUGAAGUACAAGACCGUUUGGCA